AUGGCGAUGGACGGAAUGAUGUCCACGUCUUCGGGUCUGUCUUACCACAAUGUCGGGGAGUUUUACCCCAGAAAGUUCGGCCCGAAGCCGGACGUGGUGCCGUCCGGGGUGACCGAGAGGAAAGUGGGCCCGCUGGAUAAACCCGACAUGGUGUCGGUUGACGUCAUUAACAUCAAUGAUUCAGAUGUCCACAUGCACAGGAAGAAGCAUGAGCAUGAUACGUACGUCUUGGGCACCAUUCAUCCAUUCAGGAAGACACACAGAUCCAUUUUUGGAAAACUCGUGCAAGAAUUCAGACUGGUCUCCUCAGAUAGACGGUCGUGGAGGAUCCUGCUGUUCGGGGCUCUCAACCUGCUGUGUACCGGCUGUCUGCUGAUGUGGUGCAGCUCCACCAACAGCAUGGCCUUAACUGCCUACACGUACCUCACCAUCUUCGACCUCUUUAGUUUGAUCACCUGUCUCAUCAGUUCCUGGGUGACCAUGAAGAAACCCAGUCAGGUCUACUCAUUUGGGUUUGAAAGACUGGAGGUUUUGGCAGUUUUUGCCUCCACUGUUCUCGUCCAGCUGGGAGCCUUGUUCAUCCUGAAGGAGAGUGGUCGUCUGUUGGUCGGGACGUUCGUCGCUCUGUUCUUCAACCUGUUGACUCUGCUGUCGGUCAGGAACAAACCGUUUUCCUACGUCUCAGAAGUUUGUGUGGCAUCAUUCCAGGUCUGAGCAGUGUGCUGCUGCCUCGUAUGAACCCGUUCGUCCUGAUCAACAUGGCAGGAGCUCUUUCCCUCUGCAUCACCUACAUGCUCAUAGAAAUCAAUAACUAUAAUGCAGUUGACACGGCGUCGGCGGUCGCCAUUGCUCUCAUGACCUUCGGUACCAUGUAUCCCAUGAGCGUCUACAGCGGCAAAGUGCUCCUGCAGACCACACCGUCCCACAUCAUCGGCCAACUGGACAAACUGCUCAGAGAGGUGUCAACUCUGGAUGGUGUGCUGGAGGUUCGCAACGAGCACUUCUGGACUGUUGGCUUUGGAUCUCUGGCCGGCUCUGCCCACGUUCGCAUCCGCCGGGACGCCAACGAGCAGCUGGUUCUGGCUCACGUCACCAACCGACUGCUGCCGCUCGUCUCCACGCUGACGGUCCAGAUCUUCAAAGAUGACUGGACCAGACCGCUCCUCACCGGGGCCCUCUCCUCCUCCGCCUCUAUUGCCCCUCUGGGUCCUGCUGAAGGCUACGCCGCCCUCUCCUCCUCCUCUCUGCCUCCUCUGCUGAUGUCCUCAGGAGGAGAGCUAGACCCGCUGACAUCUACACCCGCCAAACCCAGCAGCCCCCCUCCAGAGUUUGCCUUCGACACACCAGGGAGAAAUGUGCAGCCGGUGGUCCUCCCUGCCCCGGGGCACCACACCCACAGGCCCUACGGAGGCCUGGGACUCGCCUACGGAGCGCCUCCCUACACAGGGAUGCUGAACCAGGGCCUGGCGCGGCCCGGCGGCGGGCUGGGACUCGGUGUGCAGGGUCUGGGGGCGGGGUAUGGAUUGGGUGUGAGCGGGAGCGGGGUGCCUUCCUCUCAGAGCUACAGAACUGCCUUCGGAGGGUCCGCGGCACCACUGCGGUUCGGAACCAGCAACCCUCUGGCUUCACAGUCGCAGUACAGACAAUACAGACCCUGAUUGUGCCGGGCCAGAACUCUUCUUCUGUAGAGGUGAUGAAGGUCGGUUUCUCCACACCUCAGUUCAGAUAUUUGAAACUCUGAUGACAUUUACGGACGGCUGACACAACAACAUUUACUCCCAGUGUGACAACAAGAUGAUAACUUUAAAGGGCGAAGCUUUGUAAACUCUUGUAGUGUGAGCCCCCCAACUUUAGAAGAGAGAUGGUGAGUGUGUUGUGGUAUUUAUUUUAUCAACAAGGGGACCAAAAGGUUGACUGUGGUUGAAUUUGUUUUUUUAAUCCGGAUCUUAGGAAACAGCCUCAGUGUGGGGCUGACUGUAAGAGAGCAGGGUGUCCGUACUUAUUACGUUUUAUGUUUAUUUUGUAAGAAUAAAGGCUGUGAGGAAAUGUCAUCAAACAGCAUUCCAGGUGAGAGGAAAUAAAGUCUUGAAUUGAAUUAAA